GGUGUGGGAAGGACGUUUACUUCACCCGCCGCCGUCUGCUCCUUACUCGUGCACUACAUUCUAGGCUUGCUUCUUCCGCACAAUCCAGAGGUGUGCCUGCCGCUACGUUUACAGAUUCUAUAAUGUGUAUCAAAUUACCUAAGUAAGAAGGUUGUGUUCUUACAUUUGUCGACGAUUAGUGAUACAUAUGAAGUACUUUUCACAUUGAAUACAUUUUUCAGGAGCAUUAACUUAGAACUUUAUUUUGGCGUAUCACUGUCUGCUUCGCCACAUCCGCCCUCCAAACAUCACGGAGCUUUCGGAAGAGAUAGGUUCCGGUGAGUGACCGGUCCUGGGACGUCUGUGAUUUUUUUAACAGAGUGUGAGCUCGGGGCUUCUCAGCCUUACUUUAUUACUUCAGAUUGAUGUGUUCAUUCUGCGUCGAUCGAAAUAUUCGCUUUGGAUUUACUGGGUGAGCUGGCAUUAUGGUGUGUGCGACUGUCACUUGAAGCAAGUUAGGGAUCAGUCCAAGCGUGGAUAGGCUGUGUUCUGGAAGUAAACAAUCAAAAUGGCAUCGAAAUGUCGCAAGUUUGUGCCCAACAUGUUCAACAAGAGCAAGUGCCAGGCAUGCUUUGGGUCAAAAGAAGCACACUCUGCUGAGGCACUGGAAAGUAACAAGGCAACAAGAAAAGUUUCCAAAUGUGGGUACCUAUUUGUUUCACCUGACCUUGAUUUUAGCAAUCCUCUGGACAGAACAAGGAAAUGGCAGAGGAGAUUCUUCAGGCUUUAUGAUGAUGGUGAACUCACAUUCUCAGUUGAUGAAAAUCCUGACACAGUGCCUCAGGGUUCAGUGGACAUGAACAGGUGUACCGAUGUUUUGGAUGCAGAGACAGUAACAACACACCAGAACUCUAUUGCUGUUGUUACACCUGAAAAAACUGAAUAUUUUAAAGCCAACUCUAAAGAGGAGAUGCAGUGGUGGCAUGAUGUAUUGAUUGAAUUUCCAAAUAACCUGAAGUCUAUCAAACCUCGUCGAAAACCUAACUUAAUAAGCAACAAAGAGAAUGUACAGCCUGCUCAAGAUGAUGAUUCUAACAAAGAGGGGAUGAAAAGUAACCUGGAAAUAGAUCGCUUGCACCAGCAGCCUUCACAGAGCAGUGACUUACCAGCUUAUGCAACUUUUAAAGGGGUGCGCAGCCUGAAGCAUAAAUAUGAUAAAAACCAUCAGGAAGGCAUGCGCAAGAGUUCCUCUCUGCAUGACCUGACAACACAAGACAAGGAGAUGGCCAACACAUUGGCAUCAUCUCGCUUUCUCAGCUGUUCAGGUGACCGCCUGGAUGUGCUUAGCAGUCGAAGGGGAGGGGACAGCAAGCAGGUGGGCGCCCUGUCUGUCAGCCCUUAUUUCAACAUUCCUCGCACCUCCUGGCCCUCACGUGUGCACCCCUCUAACCCCUUGCUAACAGCCCCUGCAGCCCACCCUUCGCUUUUCAACUCCUCUAGCUCAAUCUCCUCAACCUCCUCUACCAGUUCUGCUGCUCAUCGAGGUAUGCUGGAAGAGCGUUCAGGGGGACAGAAGUUUGUAAGCAGUAACAAAGAGCGAUCACGGCCUGUGAGAGAACGCUCAGCCAGUCUCAAGGACCUCAGCACUCACUUAACCCUUCCUCGAGAUGCAUGCAGCCUGGACAACUUUGACAGGGGCACAGGGUCCAUAUCCAGCAGUGGGUUCCGAACAGAUGGUGAUGACUUGUCACAAAGCAUGAGUGCUGACGAGACUGACGGCAACGAGACAGAUGAACUCAAGAUGGCCCGAAGCUCAGAAUUAAGUACUACAAGUAGAGCCCAGACUCAGUCUGCCUCUUCUGCUUCUGACACAUCACCAACAAAAUAUGAGGACUUGGUCUACAUGAAGAAAGGGUGGCUCAUAAAACAGGGACCAUCAGAAAAGGAAUCUCGGAAGCACUGGUUUGUUCUGGCUGGUAACUCUUUACGUUAUUUCAAAGAUGCAAAGGCAGAGGAGACAAAUGCAUUGGACGGCCGCAUUGAUCUCUCCACAUGUUAUGAAGUUUCAGAGGUCAGCAUGGCACGACAUUGUGGCUUCAAAAUUAAGACUCAGAAUGGGGAAUAUGUUCUGGCUGCCAUGACAUCAGGCAUACGCAACAACUGGAUGAAAGCCAUCCGUCUUUGCAUGGAUUUGCACAGCUCCAAACCAAAGCUGAGCCUGUCUUCAACACUUACAGGCAAAGCUUUGGCAGGCUUGAGUGCUCGUGCUAUGGAUGACUUUGAUGUUGGGGGAAACCUUAGAAACAACUCCCCUGCCCUGCCAGCCACAACUGUAGUUACUGGCGCCAAGGGAGAGACAGCAUUUCAGCUGGUUGGCCAGCAAGACUCUGGAAAGAAGGAACCAGGUGUACGCAAUAUCCGCCGACAUUAUUCAGACGUCAAUCCAAGUAAUGUUGGCCAGAUAUUUAGCAUCAAAGAGUUCAACACAAAUAUAGACACUGGUGGUGCUUCUGCCUCACAAGUUACUACCCCUUCUAAAAUCCAGCCUACCAUUUCCUCAAAUCACACUAUUUUAGACUCUGCAGAAAAAACAGAAUCUGUUCCACGAGCAUCCAAAAUCCCCCGGCAGCACAGUCCAUCAGUAGAUUCCAUCCUAUGGAACCAGGCUGGAGGACCUCCCAUCAGCCGCUACGUUGAAGGCAGUGAUGGUGUGAUCAGCUCAUUGUUCCAUCCUGCUGAGAGUCGACGUAGCAAGCGCAAUAUCAUUACUGAGAUCAGCAAGGAAGAGGAAAAGAGGGAGAUAAUGCGGCGGGCAAAGUCUCCCAGUGCCCGUGUCAAAGAAAAGUCUCGUGGCGCUAAAACUCCUCGUCUUCAUUCUCCUCCACCAGAGGAUGAUGGUUUUGACUACCAUCCAUCUUCAUCUGGACAUGGAACAGCGGGCUCUUCUACAAAAUUGUCACAGUCCCUUUCAGACACAGAGGAUGACUUAGAUACUGUGGUGAGCUCAGAGGAUCCUUACACUGAUACAGAUGGAGGACUUGAGGACAACACUGAUGGAGGACUUAAAGAUGCUAUUGGUGAUGAUAUUUUGGUGGAGAUGCUAGAAUCAGAGGUGGAAUCUUUGAAAGAGCGUCUUGAUAAGACACAAAACCAACUGGUAAAAAUGCAUGAAACCAACAUAGAUCUGAAAUCACGUCUUCAGAAGGAAUCAUCUCAGAGUCUUGAUGGUAGCUUUGGUAAUGGUCGCUGGAGUCAACAAGGUGGACAGCAGAUUGACCAGUCUCAGGUUCAGACUAUGAAGCGGCAGCUGAAGGAGGCUAAGGACACUGUACAGAAGCAGCGAAUGGAAAUCGAAGGGCUGAAGUCUAAACUGGACAUGUCAGUCUCUAAGCUGACAGGUACAGAAAAAGCUCUGUCUGAAGCCCUCAGAGAAUACAAGCAAGAGAAAGAUAAGUUCCUGAAACUUUCAUCGGAAUGGAAUCGCCGCAUUCGUUCUCUUGAAGGUCAGCUGAAGGACAAUGUGCAUAAGCUGGAAAAGGCACGCGAGUCCUUGCAAUCAAAAGAACGUGAGGGUCGUCAGCUAGAGAUUGAUAUGAAGGGUCAACAGCAAAAGACUAGGGAGCAGGAUCGGGAGAUUUUGAAACUGAAGGCUGUAGAGCAUGAGUACAACCAUCUAAAGGAGCGGUUGGACAACAAGGAGCGGGAGCUGCAGAAUGCGAGGUCUGAGCUGCGUGACAAAGAAUCACAGUGUGACAAGCUGAAAUUGGAGUUCAAAAGGCAGGUCUCAGAAAUGGAACACACUUUUGGAAGAGAGCGAGAUGAGCUGGAGACCCAGGUGGAUGAGCUUAAGGAGCAGCUGCACUCUUACCAGGAGCGACAUAGCACUCUGCAGGACAACAUUACCACCAACAUGGCCGAUUUGUUAAGUGAGAAGGAUGAUAUUAUUGCACAGCUGGAGGAGAAGCUGAUUGAGAAUGAUCGCAAAAUGGUGGACAUGAAUGAAGAGCUGCAGGCAGAAAUGAGUGAGAACUCUGAUCUCAUCCACAACAUAGAUGUGCUGCAAGAGGAGAAACAGACCUUGCAGAACCAGAUCAGCACCAUGGAGAGGCAACUUCUAUCUCUCCGAGACAAAGUAGCCACUUUUGAAAAGGAUAAUGAUGUUCUCAGGCAACAUCUGGAUCAGCUGAAGAAUGAGAACACAAAGCUGGCUGCACGCCUGAGCAGGAGUUCAGUUUCUUCUGCAGCAUCAGAACAUGAUGACCCAGAAAAAGAGGAACUUCAGAAGACAGUCCUGGAGCUAAACAAGCAGAUACAAAGUCUUCAACUCAAGCUGAUAGAAAAGUUUGAAGACCUUGAUCAGAAAAAAUCCUGUGCUGAGAAGGACGACCUUCUCCAUAUCAUCCUUAUUUUUGACUCUGAUCUUAAGGAGGUAAACUCUCUUCUCACACAACUUCAAGACCAUUUUGACGCUUACUUAGCUAAAGUGCCCAAUGACAUAAAAAAGGAGGCCGCUACCCUGGCUGAGAUGGUAGAGGAAAUAAAUCAUCAUUGUCUAUUAAUGCAGGGCAGCUUACAUGAAAGUUCACAGGGUAGAUUAUCAGAAGCAUCAGGGGAGGAUUAUCACCAUAACAUCACUGUAGACGCAUCAUCUGGUGGCCAGAAGAUCAUGGAUGAGUACCAGGGACUUAAGGGCAAGUUUGAUCGAGCUGUAGCUGAACUUAAGAAACUGAAGAAAGAGGUAAAUGAGGUUUACCGCUCAUACGAUAAGAUAGAAAAAAAGGAUAAACAGCUGGAACAAGAUAUGCAGCAGAUGGAAACAUCCUACAGAGAGCAGCUGGAGAACAUUGUGCGAAGAGUCGAUCAACUGUCCAGCCAGUUGGCCAAUUCUAACAGCACUGCUGCUCUUCAGGCUAAGCUUGGAGUCACUGCCCACCAUUCAGUCAACACUAGCAUGUCUACAGAGAUAGAAAACCAGUUGAGCCAACUAGACAAUGAGAUCAGCUCAAUGGAGAAGGCACUUGCUGAAAAGACAGCAUCUAAUUCUCUGGCAGCUGAGAGCAGAAUGUCUUUGUCCCCACAAGACAGCCAGUGCAUUAUGUCCAGACUGAAGGAGAUGAAAGAACAGUUGGAGUUGACCAACAGUGGUCUGAAGGAAAUCCUUUGUGAUGUUGUGUCCAGCCCAGGUGUGGAGUUUCAGGAAGCAUCCAAACAGCAGUCGCUCAUGUCCCACAUUGAUGGCUGUGGCAGAAAGCUUGGCAAGCUAGCUAAUAUGAUCCAGGAGGAAGGGGAUUUUGCCCAGACCAGCAGAGUCUCUGCAGGAAGUUGUAGUGGUGGGGGCUGUCCAGGUUUCAAGGAUAGUGGAGCAUCUAGUAUGGCCCAGUGCAUGUGCGAAGUCAAAGAGCGUAUUCAGGAGAUAGGCGAGCUGCUUGAUUCUCUUGAGGACAAUGCAGAAGACAGUGAUAAUGAGGAAGGAGAAACUACAACAGUGGAUGAUGUUCGAGAACGCUUAUCAAGUCUGUGUGAAUUUGUUGAACAGCAUCAUACAUUUUCUACCUAUGACUGGCAUUUGAUGCAGCUGCUGAAUGCUCAAAAGGUUGAAAUCAGCAAGACAAGAGCCCAGCAGUCAGAUGCUGGAGAUGGUGUCACAGAUGCUCAAGACAAACUGCAUGACUAUGCUAACAGGCUAUCAUUAGAGGCAUUGAUACUGGUGGAGAUGGCCCAUUUGCUAGAGCAGAAGGCUGUUGAAAACAAAGAGGAGUCAGAGGAGGAAGAAGAGCAUGACCCUCUGUUAAAGAUGGUGGGUGGGCUGAGUCUAAAGCUUCUGUCAUUGCACCAGAAACUGGAGCAAGAGUGCCGGACUCUGCAGGUGGAGAAUGUGGUCUCUGAUGUGUUAGCCAUGCAGGCAGACUUGAUUGCAGAGAAGAUUCUAAUGGAAGGAGUGCUGUUCUCUGGCACAUUUGGGCAUAAUCUGAGUCUAAAUGAAGAGAAAGACAAGAAAGUACAGCAUAAACUGCUGGCCACUGAGGCCCUUAUGAGAUCUCAGCUGGAUGCUUUCAUAGGGAAAAACUUGGACAAAACCUGUGAUGAACUGUGGUCCUCUGCUAGUCAUUUGACGCUGAGAAGCCUCGUUCAGGGAGAGCUGACAUUUGCUCUUAAUUGCCUUAAAAAGCGGUUAUCGGACUGUACGCUUGAUAGGGAGUCCAAAGACUGUGUGAAAAACUUGUUCAUUGAACGGUUGAAAGAGAGACACAAGCUGGUUAUGGGCAUUUCAAAGGCUUAUGAGGACAAGAUCAUCAAGGCCCUAGCUAUCAUCAUCUCCAAGGAGAGUGAGGAAAUGACCAUAGUGGAAGGUCCAGAAAAUGUGUUGGACACAGUUUGCUCAGAGGUGUCUACAAUCAUGGAAAAGCAUAUUCAGCAAUACAAGGAGAAAAUUCGUUCUGCCAAGACCACAGAAUCUGCUCACCAAUGGGACAAGGUCGUCAGCCAGCUGAGGUUAGACCGCGAAUCAGUGGUGGCAGGCAUUCGUGAGCAGCAUGCUGCUAUCUCUGCUAAGUUCAACGAAGAAAACAGCUUGGAAGUGCCUUUUCAAAGCUUGGAUAGCACCAUCAACAAUUUCGGAGAGAUCUUGUCCCUGAGGUCUGUCCUUACUGCCCAGCUUAGCUUCAUUGAUGAACUGGCUAAAGUUGGUGAUACAGCUUUGUUAGAUGACAUUGAGGAAGAGGAGGAAGAGGAUGCCUCAGAUGGUGAGGCUGGUGCACAGAGAACAUUGCAUAAAGGGUUAGUUUCCUUCAUGCAUAACUUAACUACUUGCUUGCAGAGAGAAGCUGGAUCCAGGCAAGACCAAGCAGUAUGCUUGUUAUCAAGCAAAGGACAAAACCAGGUUGAUGUGGUGUCUGCAGUACCAGAACUUUCUAGUUUGCUGCAUGGUAAUCAGUACAGCGAGACUUUGACCAGGGAGGCUAUCUUUGCUGCCCAGAUAACAUUCAUGAUGUGUAAAAUGAAACUGCUGCAUGAACAAGAGCUGGACAGACUAAGAGCUUCUCGACCAGCUCGUCAGCAGAACACUUCACUGGAUGGCAGCCAAGAUGGAGAGAUUGAUGUGUAUUCUCUCUUGGGCCCACUGGAGGAUGUGAUGGACACCAAGUAUGAUGAUGAGAUGGAGACACUGAGGGUAAUAGCAUCCCAUGUUGGCAAACUGAAGAAUGUACUGGGAGAAUCUGGGUCCACACAAGAUUGGGCUCAUGUGAACGAGCAUGUGCAAAAGCUGGAGCAGAAACUACAAGAAGAAUUGAGCCUUGCUCAACAGCGCCAUGAGGCCCAUAUUGACCUCUUUAAGCAAGAAGAAACUAAAGUGGAGCAAGCAUGGGAGGGCCUUCAGCAGGAACGCGAGCUUCUAGAAGAGCGAUGUUCGGCCUUAGAAAGUGAACUGCAAUCAAUUAGUACCCAGCAUGACGACGAGGUAGAGCGCAUGAGGCAGGAUGUCCUGACAGCAGUCAGUGCUAUCCGAGCCAAUGAGGAAGAGUCAGAGACUCAGCUGAGCGACAGGCUGCAGCGCAUGACCAAACAGAUAGUCAUGCAAAAAGAAAACUUUAAGCGAUUCUUGAGUAAGGUGAAGGAGUGUUUAUCUGAGGAUGGCAAGAGCCAUGAGAGCCUCUGGCAGCUUGUGGACCAGGAGCUGAAGACAGUUAACGAGAGUCAGCUGUCUGAACUGUCUGAGGAUGAGGAAUUGCCUCCACUGCCCAGCCAGCCUCCUCCCAGUCUGGUACAGAGGGAUGACAAGAGUCUUAAUGUAGAGGAGGAGCUAGAACUAUUAAAGAAAGAGAAGGAUGAGGCCUUAGCUGAAGAAACAAGGAAUACCAAAGCAGCUUUGGAUGCCAUGAAGAAGGCAUAUGAGGAAGAGCUGCAGCAUGAGAGAGACAAGUACAAGGAGAUCCUGACAACUAUGUACAAUGAAGAUUUUGUCAACGAAAUUCGCCGUCGCCAUGAGACUGAGUUAGAACGGCUGAAAGAGGAGCUGAAGCAGGUGAAGAUGCAUUACCUAAGCAAGUGUGAAGAUUAUAAACUGAUGGAAAUCAAAAUGGAGCAGACAAAACAAGAUUAUGAGAGCCAUAUCAACCAACUUAUCACAAGCAAUGCACAUCUUGAUGACAUGGUCAACCAAGAGAUUGACCGACUAAAGGACUUUAUCAAAAAUCGUCCUGCAAACCUCACUACAGGUAGUGCUACUUUGGAGGAAGAGUUGUAUGAUGCCCAGAUCAUGACGCGUGUGAAAGAUGCCGAGUUACAGAAGUUACGGUCCCAGGUGAAAAACUUAGAAAACAGUCUUCACCGUACCACAGAGGAACAUCGCCAAACAAUGACACAAUAUCUGCAAGCAUUGAAAGAAAAUCAGGAGCUGCGGAAAGAAUAUCAGCUGGAAAGUACAGUUUUACGAGAUCAGCUGGAGAAACUGCAAGGUGAAUCCGGCCUUCGACGACCUAUACGAAGGGCACCCUCCUUCCACCAACGAGCUCGCAGUCCCAGUCCCCAGUCAGCAGCUUCUCAGCGAAAGGAGUCCACUUCAUCUACCACUGAACAUAUCAGUCGAGACUCCAACAGACGAAGGCGUUUAGAGCCAAGAGAUUUACGACGUUCAAAAAGCAGCCCAUCUCUUCCAUACGUUUUUGAUGCUAAAGGAGUGCCAACUGCUCUUAAACCAACUGUUAAAGGAAUUCGCAGUGUCCAGCCCAAAACCUGACUUCAGAUAUGACAUUGAGAAAGUCGUGGAGUUUGGUUGUUUGUAACUGGAACUUUUUAGAACUCCAGAGCUUAAAUGAAGAUAGCAUCAUAUCCUUCUUGAUUUUUUUUUUUUUUUAAAUGUGAAAAGUUUUACUUUUCAAAAUUUGAAUAUAGCCACAUGUUUUGAGUGACAAAAUAGUAUUUGUGUCACAUGUGCAAAGCAGGAUUUAAAGCAAGAUUUGUAUGCAUGUUACUAAAGGAAAAGAACUGCUAGCAUCCAGGUGAUAAACAAAUGUGUGAAGACAUUUGUAGUCGUUUCUCAAAAAUGCUGUGUUUUGAUAGAAUUUGCAUGUAAGAUGAAUUUCAUGUUCUGCAGAGUCCAUUACAAUCUGAAAACCACUGAUCAUCUCUCCUGAUCAUUUGUGCACACAACUAUACAUUCCUGGCUGCUCUUGGUUAUCAUUAUUUUUAUCUACAGGUGUAUUUAACUUGUGGUUGUGAUCAUGUAUCAUGGAUACCACUGUUUAAGUGCUUCAUUAACAUUGGAUCUGGUUGUGAAGCUUUGUAAAUAUGUUGUAGUGAGAGGACACACAUUUAACCAGUUUAGCAUCCUGAUUAAUGCCCAGUAAAUAAAAAUAUUAAUGCUUUAUUUUUAAAAAUUGUUUUAUCAUACUUGCAUUGUAACAUUGACAGUCCACAUGGUUUAGAAUGCAUGUAAGUCUAAAGGUGGGAGGGUUUAUGGUGUGCAUGUGUGUGUUGUAACAUACCUCAUAGCAUAGGUUAAAAACUAGGUGCAAUAUAUGCUACUUAGAUAAUUACUGUAAUUGAAAGUUGUACAGUUCUGUGAGUGGUUUGUACAUGCACUGCAUUCUUUACAUUUCAAGACUGGUUCAGCAUUAAUAACAAGCAUGUAUAGAUUUGCAUGCUUCAGCAAUUGUAGAGAUGCAUUCUCAUUUUGUGUGAUACAUUUGUGUAUUUUUGCUGUUUAUGAAUUUAUUUUCCUAUUUUGAUUAGGCAAAAUUCUGCAAGUUACUCCAGAUUUGUUUUGUGUGUUAUGAAUGAAAUUAUGUGUAUGCAUCUACAUUUUUCCUUCAUAACACUUAUGACUGUGAUGAUGCAGUGUGCUCCCCUGCUCACAACUUACAUUUCGGUAAUAUAUCAUGAAUAAGUUUUCUUUGCAACAGCAUUAUAAUAACAAUUCUUGAAAAAAAAAAAAAGAAAUGGAAGCUUAAAAUUUUCAGCAAUAUGCAAGAAAUAUGCACUCUUAGACAUUUCCAAAACCUUUAUCUCUUAUUGACACAUAAUAAAGUAGUAAGAAUUAGAGGUGGUAUUACAGUAAUUAGAAUCAAAUUAGAUGGUGUUGAUUUCUUAAAAUCUUGAAGUUAACUCCUCAAUUUAAAUAUCUCUAUUUCAGAAUGGGUUUACUUGGCACGUUGUUUUGUAUUUCUUGCCAGUUUGCUACAUUCAGCUGCAGGUUGCCGUUCUGUUUCACAGCAAUGCUUUUUGCCAACAAUGUGCAGAGUAACCACAUAUUACUUGAGCAAAGUUGGAGAGGAAUUUUUUUUCACAUUCCCACUACAAAGUGGAUAUGCCCUAUGGUAAUUUAUGCAAUGUUUUGACUACAUUUUUUGUCAGGCAUUUAAGAAAUUUGGAGUGGGUUAAAAAAAAAAUUCCAUGAAAACUGUUCAACAUAUUUUGUAUUCCAGUUGCAAUAGCUCGACAUAGACAUAUGCUAAUUCUCCUAUGGCUUGAAGCUUGAUUUUGUAUCCUUUUAAAUUGAAAAAGAUUAUUUCUCAAGUCCUGUGCCAUCAACAAAUUUAUAGACAGGAAAUGUAUUGGACCUUUUAAUGUACAAAUUAACACUGAUACGCCACUUUUGCCCUUAAGUUUCUGCAGCAUAUCCCAAGACAGGGUUAUUGACUUUUUUUUUUUUCGUGCAUGACAUUCUUACCUUAUUCUUUAUAUAGCCUCGGGUUUAUGUGGACAAACUUAGUUAAGGCUGAUAUUAGCUGUCAGUUUUCCAUAGCUUGUUGGAAUUCUUAUGUGCCAGCGGUCUGUAGUAAAAACAUAUCAUCUUCAGUUCUUGUUUUUCAACAUGGAAACUUUAGACUCUCUUCACUUCAGUAAUUAUGAUGCUCCUGAUGAACAACUGUCUUUGGCUUGUGUAGAAAUUAAGGUUAUUGGUAAUAUUAAGUUUUAUUGAAACAUUACUCACCACAAAGAAUGCUGUUAGACACGUCUUCCUUAAUAUGUGUUUCACCUGUUAAAUUACCAAAGGCUUACUUGUGUUUGUGCAUAUAUGGACAGAAAAUGGAUACCCAUGAAUAAUUGUUCUUAUCCACCCCCGUCUCAGUAACCUCAGAGGAGUGCAGUCAACAUGUCAAUAUUUGACUGUGCUAUAACUUCAACAUAUCUUUUUUUUCUAUAUUAAUUUAUGAUGUAUGGUUUUGAGCCUUCCAUUCUUGAGAGAAUGCUCACUUAUUUAAUGCCAUCUUGCUCUACCAUUAAGGCAGUCUUGUAAAUUUCUUCAGCAAUUUAAUGUUAAGCAACAGAUUUUUUUUUGUGUGCGAGUUGUGCAGGUUAUACAAGAGACAAGAAAGCUUAUGAAGGUUGUUCUUGCAACAAGGUCACUUGUUUUGCAAAAUAUAUAUACACACACACACUAAUAAUGCUGUUUUGCCCAUUUUGAUUAAUAAAUACAAAAGGUAUUGCUAUAUUUUGUCAAAUAUGUUGUCUGUGUAUUUAUAUAUGCAGGGGAAACUACUAAUGGUAAACAAGAUUCAUUACAAAGUUUUGAGUAUAAAUGCAAUAGAGUAGUAUUAUUGACCGAAAAUUAUUGUAAUUAUCAAGAAAUAAAUAUUUUAACAUGGUU